GUCAUGGCUGCCCCAUCGCGGCUAAAGGCCAUCGAGCUAUAUAACGAGCGCCGGGCCGCACAAUGGUCUUGUGCGUAUCCUGAGUCGCACUCACCGGUCCAGCAGACCCUGCAGCCAGACAUCAUCACAGGUUCAGACUCCGGGUCGACAGGAUGCUUGCCAAAUCGUUUCGGGCACCAUUGGCAGCCAUUGCCCUCGGUGCGCUCUGCCAGCACCCAGUUACUGCUCAGGAUGGAUCCAUUGAGACUCUCGUUGCCAACGACAAGUCCUUUGCCCUGAACGGCAAGGGCAUGUCCUACCGCUUCCACGUCGACGAGGACACGGGAGACCUCUACAAUGACCACUUCGGUGGCCUUGCCACCGAGGAUGGUCUCGUCGAGCCUCUCGCCAGGCCCGAUGGCUGGGCCGGCUUCCCCUCACGUGUCUUGCGCGAGUACCCAGACCUAGGCCGCGGCGAUAUGCGCAUCCCGGCCGUCCAGAUCCGCCAGGCUGGCGACGGCAAGGCCUACACCGUCAGCGACCUCAAAUACCAGUCGCAUGAGCUUGUGGAGGGCAAGCCCGCGCUUAGCGGCCUCCCCUCGACAUUCGGCGAGGCCGGCGAGGUGUCGACGCUGAUCGUGCACCUGUAUGACAACUACAGCGCCAUUGCUGUCGACAUGUCCUACUCCAUCUUCGCCGAGCACGAUGCCGUCGUACGCAGUGUCAACAUCACCAACAAGGGCGAGAACGACAUCGUUCUCGAUAAGGCUGCCAGUCUGAGCGUCGACCUCCCCUUUGCAGACUACGAGAUGAUUUACCUUCGGGGUGAUUGGGCCAGAGAAGCUCAGAGAGUUCGGAGGAGCGUCGAGUAUGGAAAUCAAGGAUUCGGAUCUCUGGCCGGCUACUCUUCCCACUUCCACAACCCUUUCCUCGCUCUUGUAUCUCCCGACACGACCGAGAGCCGCGGCGACGCUUGGGGCUUCUCGUUGGUCUACACUGGUUCCUUUUCUGUCGACGUCGAGAAGUCCUCACAGGGCCCGCUCCGAGCAACGCUUGGUCUCAAUCCCUACGAGUUCGCCUGGCCCCUGAAGCCCGGCGAGACAUUCACAACACCCGAGUGUGUCGCCAUCUACUCAGACGCCGGUGUCGGCGGCAUGUCGCGCAAGUUCCACAACCUCUUCCGCAAGAACCUCAUUCGCAGCAAGUUCGCCACGGAGCCGCGCCCUGCGCUGCUCAACAGCUGGGAGGGCCUGUACUUUGCCUACAACCAGAGCACGGUCUUGGACCUUGCGCGAGCCACUGCCGAGCUUGGCGUCAAGCUCUUUGUCCUCGACGACGGGUGGUUUGGCAACGAGUUCCCUCGCAACAACGACUCGCUGGGUCUGGGUGAUUGGCAGGUCAACAAGGCCAAGUUCCCCGAUGGGCUGGGACCCCUUGUUGACGAGAUUACCCAGCUGCAGUCGGGCAACUCUUCCGACAAGCUACAGUUUGGCCUAUGGUUCGAGCCCGAGAUGGUGAACCCCAACUCGACGCUCUAUGGCAAACACCCAGAUUGGGUCCUUCACGCCGCCGACUACCCGCGUACCCUUCGCCGUAAUCAGCUCGUCCUCAACCUUGCACUGCCUGAGGUCCAGGAGCACGUCAUCAACUCUGUCGCCAACAUUCUCGACACCGCCAAGGUAACCUACGUCAAGUGGGACAACAACCGCGGCAUGCACGAGACCACGACCUCGUACGCCAGCCACCAGUAUAUGCUUGGCCUGUACCGCGUUCUUGAUACCCUAACCACGCGCUUCCCCGAUGUCCUCUUUGAAGGAUGCGCAUCUGGUGGCGGCCGUUUCGACCCGGGCAUCAUGCACUACUUCCCGCAGUCCUGGACAUCCGACAACACCGACGGCUUCAACCGUGUUGGCAUCCAGUUCGGCACGUCCCUGGCCUAUCCCCCUUCCGCCAUGGGCGCUCACGUCUCCGUUGUUCCUAACCACCAGGCCGGCCGUGUCACCCCGCUCGCCUACCGCGCGCACGUGGCCAUGAUGGGUGGCAGCUUCGGCUUCGAGCUGAACCCGGCCGACCUGACCGCCGACGAGCGUGCCGAGCUCCCCGCCCUGAUCAGCCUCGCCGAUCAGGUCAACCCCAUCGUCAUCCAGGGCGACAUGUACCGCCUCUCCCUGCCCGAACACUCCAACUGGCCCGCGGCAAUGUGGAUAACCCCGGAGGGCGACAAGGCAGCCGUCUUCUACUUCCAGACCCGCGCCAACGUGAACCACCAGCUUCCCUAUCUCAAGCUGCAGGGCCUGGACCCCAGCGCCAGGUACGCCCUCGAUGGGAACGGCACGUUCUCCGGCGCCACGCUCAUGAAUGUCGGCGUGCAGUACAUGUUCCCUGUUGAGGACUAUGGUUCAAAGGUCAUGCUGCUGGAGAGGCAGUAGUUAGAACUUGUCUGCGAUUCUUUGGGAGUUAGCUUUGGGGUAUCCGUGCUUUGUAGGAGCGCUCUUCGAUAAAAGGCAGGCAUGUACUCCUUCUAGAGUGCUGAGAUGCACACCCAAACAAAAGAAUCUAUAUAAUGACGAAGUAUGAGACAUGCUGCUGGUCUUAAUGACUUCGAAUUGCAGAGCCCGUAUCAUACGCGGAAGCUGUUGUGACAGGACAUCGUGUGCGUGAUUGCGUUCUGUGGGAGCCAUAGUUCUCAGGUAACUAUUAAACAUCACGCAGCUUGAAACAAGCGUGCUAUUAUCUAGUUACAAAAGACGAG